AUAACAUCUGCGUAUGCUGCCUGAGUUUGUGUUAGCCGCGUCGCUAGAUACAGAAAAUGAAUACUCUGAUCGGUCAGCGUUAGCAAGGCUACACGUGUGUGGGUUUUCGUUGACAAACAUGACCGCGGGCUGUGUCGCUGUGCCUCGGAUCAUACCGAUUCGGAAGCCGCUGCCAGGGAAAGCCAAACACGAGAUAGACACAGCCACACCAGUCGAGAUCAAAUCAGACACCUCCGAUGUUAGUGUUUUCUUCACUCUGGACGGCACCAAGCCAGAUUUGAACAGGAGGCCGGGGGGCGGGGCGGUCAGCACCAUCAGGUACAGCUCACCUGUCUGUUUACCUGCAGGAAAGGUGAUCGUCAAGGCCCUGGCUGUCAGAUGUGACGGGAGGGAGAGCGGUGUUGUCACUAAGGUCUUCCUGGUGGAACCUGCGGCCCAGGGCGAGGAGGACGACCCAGGGGACGUGCAGGGAGACGGCGGGCCGCACGCGGCAGAGCGGGCCGCCAGCGCGGAGAACCGGUCUGGGGACACUCCAGGGGUCAUGAGGCCACCCAGCGGUGCGACCCUCAGAACCUCUACGGGCCCUCGGUUCCUCAGCCAGCGUCUGGGGCACCCACCUCCUCCAGGGGGCCCCUCUCAACACACCAAGAGUGGCGACCCAGCAGAGAGUCCUUUCAGGAACCUGACACACACCCACAUGUCCAGAAUCCAGAGGGAGACAGACUUUCUCAGGUGUGCCACCUGUCUGAGCCACCGCCCCUCAGACCCGUUUGCUCGGUUCUGUUUGAACUGUGGGGCCACCGUACCCCCUGUGCCUGGCCAGAGACUCCCACCAACUGAGGGAGGACAGAUGGCCGUGUGUGUGUCCUGUAAAGCGCUGGUCCCUGUGAACACCUCCUCCUGUGUGGUGUGUGAAGCCCCCAUGGCGCCCCAGCUCCAGCCUCAGGCCAGCCACAGACUACAGGACAAAAUGAUCUGUCAAUCAUGUGGGACAGGAAACCCCGCACAUAUCAGCUAUUGUGUUACGUGUGAGGCCCGCCUCCCUCAGCCCGCCACACCAGUGUUCAGUGGGCACGGUGCCCCCCCGCUGCCCAACCCUGACGGUAGGAUGAUCUCCUGCUCCAAGUGCCGCCGCCUCAACCACUCAGACGCUCGCUUCUGUGACUGGUGCGGUGCCAAGCCAGGUCACGUGGCUCGGUACCUGACGUGUUCCCGCUGUGGGUCCAGCUCCCACCCGUACGCGAACUUUUGCGGCCGCUGUGGAGUGUUCCUGGAGGGGCCGCAGAGGCUGCAGUCCCGCUGCAGCUCAGCAGGGGGAGCCCUCGAACAGAAGCAGAUGGCCCCCGGGGACGCUCACAGUGCCGUGUGGCAGGUGGCCCCCGCCGCCCCUGGCCUGGCCUCCCUGCAGACGCAUGCGGCAGACAGCAUGGACGCUGAGACGCAGACGGUGGGCCUGUUCUACCCGUCGGCCACGCAGCUGCACAAGAGAGACCAGCAGGAGGCGCUAGAGCAGCUCCGACAGGAAACGAUGCGCGACAGGAGGCCUCCGCUCACUGCCAUCAGUCCAGGGAGGGGGUACUGGAGAAAGCAAAUGGAUCAUAUCUGCUCUCACUUGCGCAGCUACACACAGAACAAUCUAGAGUUCCGUGGCCUGGUAGGAGAGCCUCGCAUGGGUCAGAUGGUCUCUGCGAUGAUUGAGGAGGACAACGUUGAGGUCAGCCUCAGGAUCAACUUUGUCGCCGCCACGCCUGAUAAGUCAAAGGCCCCAGAGGGGGUUGAGCUGAAGAAGCCGAUGGCCCUGAGUGAGAUCAUCAACCUGAGCAGCGUCACAGAGGGGGCUACACACAACACACCGGCAGCAGAGAGUGGUCCAACCCUGUCUUCUCCCGGUCCGAAGAAAAGCCUGAGAACCCAGAAGAGGCCCACAGAAAAACAACCACCAAUCAAAGACAGCCUGUUGCUGAAGGAGGUGGGGCCUGAAGGGAGGGGGCGUGUCGAGGAGGUGCAGAGGCUUCUGGAGGAGGGAGCCGACCCAUCGUGCCGAGACAGCAAAGGUCAUCCAGCGUUGGUCGUCGCGACAACAAACGGUCACCAUGAGGUCAUUCCUGUCCUGGUGCAGAGAGGAGCCGACAUCAACCACCAAUCAGGACUACUCAGCAACACGGCCCUGCACGUGGCCGCAGCCAUGGGCAACAGAGGCCUGAAGAGCGCCGAGACGCUGCUGGGGUGUAACGCCAGCCUGAAGAAGAAGAACAGUCGCCGACAGACGGCGUACGAUGUGGCGGUCAGCUCGGACUGUCGGGAGCUGCUUUCCCUCAUCGCCGCCCGGGCCGGUCAGGGUCUCCUGGACCGCCUCACCAAACCCAGAACCCCGUCGGGUCUGGACAUGUUCUGAAAGUUCUGAAGUGGUUUGGCCUUGAAGUCCAGGUAUACAAGCACAGGGCAGCGUUUUAACCGCAGUAAGGCGUCAGGUAUCUCAUGCUGCAAGAGAAUGCCAGGACAUCCGGGCCUUUAUUGAAGUCUUAUUGUUUUUGUUUAUCUUGCUUUGUCUCUCGUGUUUUUUUAUUUUUAUUCUGUAUUCCUAUUACCCAUGAGCUGCACUGACUUCAGUCAGAUUAAGUUAGCAUUAGGAGAGUUAGCAUUAAGAGAGUUAGCCUUAAGAGAGUUAGCAUUAGGAGAGUUAGCAUUAAGAGA